ACUAUAGAAAAUGGCGUCUUCGUGCUUUCGGAUGCAGUGAUUCUGUUUUCAUAGUUUAUUUAAUAAAAAAUGGUGCUACUGCAUGAUAAAUAGGCAGAAACUUGACAACUUCCACAUUUAUUUUAGAAAUCGCCAUAUUUACUAUAAUACUGCGACAAAAAUGAGGUAACACUAGGAUUCUAAAAUGUUUAAACAGCAGUUAUCACCGCGUAGUGUACAUCCCUACCAGACUACGGUGGUGCCUAGGAGCGAGCAGCAGUUUGUGUCGGCAGCUCAUCAAAGGGCUAAGUUCCCGUGGGCGGAGGAUAUUAACACCCCGGUCUACCAGGUCGCAGGGACAGACAGUUCUACUUCUGACACUGCAUAUCAUGUCCCUCAUUAUUACAACGGCACAUUAAGAGAGUAUGGACCUCCAUCGCCUGUCUACCAAUCUCCAUAUGGUGCCAAUACAUGGCACAGUUACAAGAAGAGUGAAAAAAUACCCAUACAUGGUUCUCCAUCAGAAGCCUACACUUUUCCUCAGUGUGCAAGUGCGUUCUCUCUUCCUCUGUGUGACGUGGAGUCGCGACAGACAGUCAGUCAUUCCCCUAUACCUCCUGUGCCAUCUGUAAGCCCUGAAGUGCCCAUUAUUGGAGCUUGUGGUGGACACUGCCCUGGAUUUGAAUAUGUGUGCUAUUAUAUUUUACAGGUUAUAUUUGUAGUAGGUAUACUAACUGGGAUCUCACUCUGUAUAGCUGGGAUCGUGUUGCGGCGCACUAACCGCAAUGGCGACCUUGGUGUCUUAGUGUACAUAGGCUGCUUGUCGUCGUGCGUGUGCGGCGUGCUGCUCGGCGUGCAGUGCUGCGUGCGGCGCGACAUCCGCACGAGGAAGCUGCGUGCUAACAUGCACAUACCCAUGCAGCCUAUACAGGAAUUGCCAGCCCCUGCUUGCCCUCUGCUCACGUCCACAUUACCUCAUAGCCAAGUAUACAGACCAACUGCCAAUAUUUGCUCUGAAGACGAAGUGACCGGCGUUCCAUGGUGGCGACGCACCAAUAGAGACUGACUAGCUUUAAGUUUAAUUACACUGUAUAUGUAAUGUAUUUUGCUUGUGAAGACAAACAAUACCAUUAACUUGUUAUUUUAUAAUAAAUAUUGCCAGACUA